AUGGAGAACAGUCCCUUCUGUGGGAAAGGUAAGGUUGGAGACUGGAAGAAUCAUCUUACAGCUGAGAAGGCUGAGCGCCUUGACAGGAUCAGAGGGCAAAAGUCGAAUGGGUAUUGGAAAGCAAGCUUGGAAUGGCCUCAUAGAGUGUCAUUCUUGAGAUAUGAGGACAUGAAGACUGACACCAUUGCCCAUGUGAAAAGACUGGCAGAAUUCAUGGACCACCCUUUCUCCUUGGAGGAGGAGAGUCAAGACGAGGUGAAUAAAGUCAUAAACUUGUGUAGUUUUGAGAAUUUGAGCAAUUUGGAUGUGAAUAUGACUGGAAAAUCGAGCCCACGCUCGAACUUUGAGGUUGUGAAUAAGGCAUUUUUCAGGAGAGGCGAGGUUGCUGAUUGGGAAAACUAUUUAACAGCUGAGAUGGUGGAUUGCUGGAUCAAAUCACUGAGCAGAGGUUCAAGGGAACGAGUUUAA